AUGUUCACAGCGGGAACGUCAUGCUUCCUGGGCGGUAACACCGCUACAGCAGAGCUAACGGAUUUCGUCAACUCUCGCGAUCCCUCCGGCAAGACCGCGCUUCACGAGGCUUGCGCGCACGGGCACGCGAAAAUCGCCCGCCUGCUGCUCUCCCUGGGCGCGCUCCCCGCUGCGCGGAAGGCCAACGGCUUCACCCCGCUACUCUGCGCGGCCGCGGGGGGACACGCGGAGUGCGCGAGGCUCCUUCUGGUGCACAUGCGCGCGGGGGAAAGCGCGUGGGAAAGUUUAAAGGAAAACGAUGGGAAAAUCGGCAGCCAAACUGCGGGAAGGGCGGGAGGCGGGCGCGCGAGUGCGUGGCGGGAAUCGGACAGGUGCGGGGAGAACGCGCUUCAUCUGGCGGCGCGAGCAGGGGCAGAGGAGGUGGUGGCGAUGCUGGUGGAUGCUGCUGAGAGAGAGGACAAGGAUUUGGGUUUGUCAGGUGAAGCGCCAGGUGGAGAGGGAGAUAAUAAAGAGGAAGGUGUGGGCAGUGGAGGCGCGUCUGCUUCUCCCACAAUUGAUUUCACUGCAUCAGUGUCUUCUCCCACACGCUCGGCCCUUAGUCCCUCGGUGAACAGCGAACGCCAAUCGCAGCUGCUUGUGAAUGCACGCACGCGCAACGGCCGCACUCCCCUGCAUUCCGCCUGCCUGCAUGGCCACGUGGCUGUCUGUGAGUUGCUGCUGAAGCACGGGGCCAAUCCCAAAGCGCGGGACUCCUCUGGUUCGGAGCCUAUUCAUGAAGCAGCUGCAGGGGGGCACGUGGCAGUCAUUCAUUUGCUCGCUGGUGGUGCCACAGAACCAGGUUCAGCCAAACACAUCACUCAGACAAACACCAAGACCGAGACUCCAAUAAAUUUCAAUGCCCAGCCUUCUAGGCCGCACGAGCUCAGUGAUUCUGGCACUGCAUUGGCUUCAGUUGAUGUGAACAGUCGGGAUGCGUCUGGAGCCACGCCUUUUCACCGUGCUGCUGCGGCUGGCCAUGUGGAUGCCAUGCGUGCGCUGAGUCAGCACAGGGCUGAUCUGGAUUCCCUGGAUAAUGCAGGCACCACGCCUUUGUACUGGACGGCGAGUAGGGGACACGUGGCAGCUGUUGAGUGGCUGCUGGAGAAACAAGAGCAGGAACUCCAAAAGGGGUUGCAGGAGGCAGCAGGAGGAAGAGGAUAUGGUAAUAGCUUCUGGGAGGUUUGA